AAACAAUUUUCCUUCUAUCAACGUAUAAUCACUUCUUAAACAAAACUCAUCUUUCCUAAUUUCCUACUGCUCUCACUCCCUCCAUUCCCUCAAUGGCGGCUUCAGUCCACAACCGUCCGUUCACCGUCCACCAACACACCGUCGUUCGCUCCUACAAGCCCGCUCCGGAACUCCCGCGUCCUAUCAAGUUACCCCUCCCACCACCACUCUCCGAUUCCUCAAGCGACGACGAAGAAGAAACCACUGUGUUGAAGGAACUCAUUCUAAAGUCCAGCGUGGAAGUUGAAUCCUCCAUUUUCGACCCUCGCGACGAUGGAACCUCCGACCACUGGGUCAAACGAAACGCUUCCCUGAUCCGGUUGACGGGGAAGCACCCCUUAAACUCAGAGCCACCCCUCUCUCGUCUCAUGCACCACGGUUUCAUCACUCCGGUUCCCCUCCACUACGUCCGUAACCACGGACCCGUGCCACGGGCUCGCUGGGAUGACUGGACCGUUGAGGUCAAGGGCCUCGUUAGUCGGCCCACGUGCUUCACCAUGGAACAGCUGGUCAACGACUUUCCCAUCCGCGAGUUCCCUGCCACACUUGUCUGCGCUGGGAACAGGCGCAAGGAACAGAACAUGGUGAAACAGAGCAUCGGCUUCCACUGGGGGCCCGCCGCCAUAUCUACUUCGGUGUGGCGCGGUAUACCGUUGCGGGCCCUGUUGAAGCGGUGCGGUAUCUACAGCCGCGCGAAGGGAGCCCUUCACGUGUGCUUCGAAGGCUCCGAGGAUCUGCCAGCUGACGGUGGGUCAAAGUACGGGACCAGUAUCACGAGGGAGGUUGCACUCGAUCCCUCUCGCGACAUCAUCCUCGCUUAUAUGCAAAACGGGGAGCUUUUGUCCCCGGAUCAUGGCUUCCCCGUUAGGGUGAUAAUACCCGGUUUCGUCGGUGGCCGCAUGGUGAAAUGGUUGAAGCGGAUCGUUGUCUCUACCCAGCAAUCUGAAAGCUAUUACCAUUACAUGGAUAACAGGGUGCUUCCAUCUCACGUUGACGCCGAACUUGCCAAUGCAGAAGCUUGGUGGUACAAGCCAGAGUAUUGCAUCAACGAGGUGAACAUAAACUCCGUCAUAACAACGCCCUCUCACGAAGAGAUCUUGCCCAUCAACUCAUGGACUACUAAGAUACCUUAUUUCAUCAGAGGCUACGCCUAUUCUGGAGGUGGGAGAAAGGUGACACGUGUGGAGGUAACGCUGGACGGUGGUGAAACGUGGCAAGUGUGCAGCGUGGAAUGUCCGGAGAAGCCGAACAAAUAUGGGAAGUACUGGUGUUGGUGUUUCUGGUCCUUGGAGGUGGAGGUUUUGGAUCUUCUCGCAGCAAAAGAUAUUGCGGUGCGAGCUUGGGACGAGGCCCUCAACACCCAGCCUCACAAACUCAUCUGGAAUCUUUUAGGAAUGAUGAAUAACUGCUGGUUCAGAGUGAAGACGAACGUGUGCAAGCCGAAGAAGGGUGAGAUUGGUAUAGUGUUCGAGCACCCCACCCAACCAGGCAACCAAUCUGGCGGAUGGAUGGAACGAGAGAGACAGCUGGAGAUAUCAUCGGAGUCCAACCCAUCCCUCAAGAAGAGUGUUUCCUCCCCAUUCAUGAACACAUCCCCCAAAACCUAUUCCAUCUCCCAAGUCAGAAGACACAACAACAGAGAUUCGGCUUGGAUCAUAGUCCACGGCCAUGUCUACGAUUGCACCCGCUUCCUCAAAGACCAUCCUGGCGGCGCAGAUAGCAUCCUCAUCAACGCCGGCACCGACUGUACCGAAGAGUUCGAAGCCAUUCACUCCGAAAAAGCCAUGGCAAUGCUCGAAGACUACCGAAUCGGUGAGCUCAUGACCACCGACUACACCUCUGACUCCUCUUCCCCCAACUCCUCCGUACAUGACAAUUCUGAAACCACCCACUUGGCCCCAAUCAGAGAAGUGGCUCUCAACCCACGCGAGAAAAUCCCAUGCAAGCUCCUCUCCAGAACCUCCAUCUCCAACGACGUCAGGCUCCUCCGCUUUGCGUUACCCAGCGAGGACCAGCUGAUGGGUUUGCCAGUCGGGAAGCACGUAUUCUUAUCUGCCACUGUCGACGAGAAGCUAUGCAUGCGAGCCUACACCCCCACAAGCAGCAUAGAUGAAGUGGGUAUCUUUGACCUCCUCGUCAAGGUUUACUUCAAAGGAGUGCAUCCUAAGUUCCCCGACGGUGGGGCCAUGUCUCAACACUUGGACUCGCUCCCCAUUGGCUCUGUCUUGGACGUGAAAGGCCCACUAGGCCACAUAGAAUACACCGGCAGAGGAAACUUCCUGGUCGAGGGGAAGCCUAGGUUUGCCAAGAGGCUAGCCAUGUUGGCUGGUGGCACCGGGAUCACACCCAUCUACCAAGUGGUUCAAGCCAUUGUAAAGGACCCAGAGGACCACACCGAAAUGCAUGUGGUAUACGCGAAUCGAACCGAGGAUGAUAUAUUGCUGAGAGAGGAGCUUGAUGAAUGGGCUAAGAAACAUGACAGGCUGAAAGUGUGGUACGUGGUGCAAGAAAGCGUAAGAGAAGGGUGGGAAUACAGUGUGGGGUUCAUCACCGAGACUAUCCUCCGAGAGCAUGUUCCACCUGCAUCUCCUGAUACCUUGGCGUUAACUUGUGGUCCACCACCCAUGAUUCAGUUUGCGGUGCAACCCAAUUUGGAGAAGUUGGGCUACGACAUCCACAAAGACUUGCUCGUGUUUUAGGGUAAUGAACUACUUUUUACCGAUAUGAUAUUCUCACAACUAUUUCUAAUAAUUUUUUGAGAAGAUGAUAAAUAUCAUUUAUUUUAUCAGUCUA